AGUUUAUUGAUCGGUGUCACCGGCCUCGGCCUUACUUCUUACUUCAUACAUGAUCGACCUAGUGUAAAUUGAGUGAUUAUUUUUAAACCAAAAUAUUUUGUGAAUUUAGUGCAGUAUUUACUUGAAGAAAAAUGGCUGGACAAACUAUCAAUGACCGUCUCUUGGCAGCAAAACACAGCAUAGCUGGCCAGGGUCUCGCAAAAUCAGUCUGUAAGGCUACGACAGAAGAGAUGUUAGGACCCAAGAAAAAGCAUUUAGACUAUUUAAUUCAUUGUACUAAUGAACCAAAUGUAUCUAUUCCUCAAAUGGCCAAUUUAUUAAUAGAAAGAUCCCAAAAUACAAGCUGGAUAGUAGUUUUUAAAGCUUUAAUUACUACACAUCAUAUAAUGUGUUAUGGAAAUGAAAGAUUUACUCAAUAUUUAGCUUCUAGUAAUGUGUCCUUCCAGCUUUCGAAUUUUGUAGAUAAGACAGGAGUUCAAAGUGCUGUAGGAGCACGUACAGGUUAUGAUAUGUCGCCAUUUAUAAGAAGGUAUGCCAAAUAUUUGAAUGAAAAAGCUCUAUCAUAUAGGUCAGUGGCUUUUGAUUUUUGUAAAGUAAAAAGGGGCAAAGAAGAAGGUACUCUAAGAACAAUGAAUACUGAGAAUCUACUUAAAACUCUUCCUAUUUUACAAAAUCAGUUGGAUGCUCUUUUAGAGUUUGAUUGUACUGCAAAUGAUCUCACAAAUGGUGUAAUUAAUAUGUGUUUCAUGCUGCUGUUUCGUGAUUUGAUCAGGCUUUUCGCCUGCUACAAUGAUGGUGUAAUUAAUCUGUUAGAAAAAUAUUUUGAAAUGAACAAAAAACAGUGUAGAGAAGCAUUAGAUUUAUACAAAAAAUUCUUAAUAAGAAUGGAUAGAGUAGCAGAAUUCCUAAAAGUUGCAGAAAAUAUAGGCAUAGACAAAGGAGAUAUUCCAGAUCUUACAAGAGCACCAAACAGUCUUUUAGAUGCUCUUGAGCAGCACUUGGCUUCAUUAGAGGGAAAUACUCCAACAGCUGCCACUACACAGAAAAAUGUUAAGUCUGGAGUUUCUGCUUUAUCAAAUACUAGUAAUGCCUUUGGAACUGCAGUGGAUGACUUAUUUAAACAAGCAGCAGUUGCUGAAGAAGAAGCAGCUCUAAAUCAUUAUAGAGCAACUGUUGGAUCUCCAUCUGCUGCAAGUACAAAUCCCUUUUUAAGUGAUGAACCUGCAGCACAGAGUGAACCUAUCCUUGAUCUUUUCUCCAGCGGACCUCCACCUGAGGCUGCUAAACCAACACAAUCUUCCAAUGCUCUUGAUGAUCUGCUUUCUCUUGGUGGUAAUCCAUUUGCUGAUUUUUCUGCUCCUACUACCACAGCACCAAUAGGACAAGAUGCAUUUGGAGCAACAACUAAUGUUGACAAUAAUUUAUGGGGUGCCAAUGGGUUUACUAGUAACAAUGUAUUUCAAGCACAGCCACCAGUUCAAGCUCAACCAUUUGGAAAUUCUACUGAUUUAAGUGGGUUCUUCAAUACAAAUGAACCUUCAGUCUUUGAUCCCUUAGGGGAAUCCAAGUCUAACAAUGUUCAAAUUAUGCAACAACCACCUAUUGCACCUCAGCCACCCAAACCCGCCCCAGCUAAACUACUUACAGGAGAUUUAGAGUCUAGUUUAACAUCUUUGGUUGAUAAUUUGACUAUGGACUCAGUUAAUAGAGGUUCUCAAUGGAACUCUCCCAAGAAUCAAGCGAAACCUGCUGGAAAUUGGCAAGGGCAGCCAAUGACUGCUCCAGGCUAUAGGCCUGUAGGGCAGUCAAUGGGUCAGUCAAUGAUGGCACAACCUAUGAUGGGUCAGCCCAUAAUGGGUCAACCAGUUAUGGCUCAACCGAUGCAACCUAUGUUGGGACAAGUUAACCAAUUUACUGCAAUGCAAAAACCAGUGAUGGGAAGUCCAAAAAUGAAUGUUGGGUCCUCCCAACAGGAGGAUAAAUGGGUGGACACCCCAAAAGAAGGUGUAUCAAGACUCCCUGGCAUCUCAGUUAUUGCGCCACUGUUCAUGAACACUUUUUUGAAACAAUAUAGUAACCUACGACUCUUUUUAAAGGGAUGAAUUGAGAAUCUUAUUUUUCAAGUAUUUUCAUAUACCAGCUAGUUUCUAAAUAACAGUUAUGUAUUCAACAUAAAGCAGAAUAUUUCUGAGUCGUGAAACAUUAAUUUGUAUUCUUAUCUAAUUGAUGUGUUGCAGGAAUGUAAGUAUUUUAUAGAUUCAUAAAUUAGAAAAAAAAACAAAA